UUCCUAUGUGAGUCUGCUCAAAAUCCAAUUACCAAAGAGAAAUGGAGACAAUGUAAAAAAAAUAAAAGCAAAAAUUGGAAAGAUUUUCUUAACUUGUUGUACAAUACAUAUUGGUCCUAUCAA